AUGAUCAAAGCUAUCCAAAUCCUCUGGAUCCACCUCUUAGAGUUGGACAAAGUGAAUGAACUCUGCAAGGACUUCUGCACCAGAUACAUCUCCUGCCUACGAACGAAACUCCAGAACGAACAACUCCUGCACAUCGAUGCAUUUGAAUCCGACUCCAACGACAUCAUCCUACAGCCACCAAAUGAAGUUGCAUACAAUCGUGGCAGUGGUAACAGCAGCAACAACAGCGUAGCUGCUGGCGGUGGUGGUGGUCAUAUUAAUAAUGGUAGUGGUGGGCAGCAGAUAAAUUACGGGGACAUCCGAGUGCCCCAGCAGCAACAGCAUUCAGCGCCAUCGAGAGAUUCCAUGGGCAUGGUGAAGAAUUUGUUUUUUCGUUUUCGCUUUUCAAAAAGUUUUAAAAGGAAAAUUCUUUUUUAUUAUUCACAUUCGAAAUAUGAAGUUUUCAAUCUUGUAAUCAUCUUCAGUUUUAGAUAG